CGGGUUACUACGCUACCGAUUCCGUCUUUUGCUGUGUAGUGAUGGCCUUGUCGUGUCUGUGAGCUGGCUGUGUGCGUUGUUUCUGAAUGGGGUUGGCCUAACUUAAUCUAUUACUAUUAGGGUAAAUCUUACGCAAAUUUUGCCAGUAUUCUGUGUAAGAUUAUCUUUACCGUUUUAACUAUUUCAAGUUUGGCCUCCCCUACUCAGAAACAAGUGAACGGUCACCCAUGGAAUUCAGUUUUAAAAGAUCAAACUAAUUCCCUGAUGUUAGAUUUCAAAGUUGGAAACGCCAGUCUCAAACAGUAAUUGCCAAAGUAUAUUUAUGGGAAUAUUUGUCACCAUUUGUUGAACCAGCAAAUUCAACAGUGAAGAAUCAAACAAAAUUACUGAUUUUAUGCAAAGAUAACUCCACUUAACUAAUGAGAAAAAUGAAAACUUAUGACUGCAGAAAUCUUUGAAAAGAUUACUUUUAUUUAAAAUUUUUUAAUGUAAAUUUGGCAACUUCCUUGUUUCCUCAUGAAUGUUUUGCGACCACCCCUUCUGAAUUUGCAACACUGUCGACUUAAACAAGAACAUAACAUUGAGAAGCGAUGGGAAAAUGGGGGAAAAUGUACUGGGAGUCUAAGUCCAAAUCUUCAACCUCCAACCCCACCUAUUUUACCAAACACACAAGAUCCUUUUACAGCAAGUGCUAUUGGCAACUACAUACUUCUUGAACAGUUUGAUGGAUCAACCUUAUAUCGUUGUAUAAAUGUAAAAACAAAUGAGGAAUACAUAUGUAAGGUUGUACCAAACGAUCGAUAUCAAAAAACCGUAGCAGGUUAUUUUCGACUGGAUUCUCACCCCUCCGUCAAUCAGAUAGAACAUGUAUUGAUUGGUGAAACCAAAAGUUAUGUCAUUUUCCGGCGCUCGUACGGAGAUCUGCAUUCGUAUGUUCGUAAUAAACGUCGCCUUCGAGAACAAGAAGCUUUACGACUUUUUCGCCAGGUGGUGCUGGCAGUUCAGGCCUGUCACGAGGCUGGCGUUAUACUGCGAGAUCUUAAACUUCGAAAAUUCGUCUUUAAGGACCCUGAAAGGACUCAGUUAAAGUUGGAAACGUUAGACGACGCUGUCGUCCUGGACGAAGGCUCAUCUGAUCACCUCAGUGACAAACAUGGUUGCCCCGCCUAUGUAAGCCCAGAAAUACUAACUACCAGCGGGAGCUAUUCUGGUAGAGCCGCCGACUGCUGGAGUCUGGGUGUUAUGCUUUAUACUUUGCUUGUUGGUCGAUACCCAUUUCACGACAGUGAUCACAGCGCACUCUUUGGGAAGAUUUGUCGAGGCAAAUUCACCAUUCCUGACACCAUAUCAUCUCGAGCUAAAUGUCUUAUCCGAAGUCUGCUGAGGAAAGAUCCAGCAGAACGACUUGCAGUUGACGAUGUCCUUCACCAUCCAUGGUUCCGACUAAUGUCGCGAGGGGGCGCUAGUUGUCUGGAUUUACAGCUUCACAUUUCCAACGGCAAUGAUUCCAAGACACUGGAUCAAACUGUACCAGAUUUAGCUGUUCCAGAAAGUAAUAUUUGAUCAUUUAUCUAAAAGCUAGUUUUUAUAGAAAUGUUAGUACUACCUAUGACUUUCAUUAUACACCACCCAUUUUUGCACCUCCUUCCUAAUUUUUAAUGUGAAGAGUUUAUUGGUGUACAUGUUAGCUGUUUCAUAAUGUAUUAAGUGUAAAAAAAACAUUAAGUUUUAAAUAACAUAUUUCAACAUAGGCUUGUAAGAGUGAUCAUUCAAACUCUUAUUUUCAAACUCGGAGAACUUUUGACCAGCCCAAGGGACGUUUUUGUUUCUCAACAUUAUCGAAAAGCAUGAAAAAUUCGAGGGAAAAAAUGUUUUUUGUUUUAAUUCAGAAAUAACAGAAAGAAAGAGGGAUUACGCAUGAUUUUGAAAAAUUGGUUAUGUUACUGAAAUUAUUUCUGGACUAAACAGUUUUACUUGUGAUGGAUAUAAAAAAAAUAUUUUAUGACAUCGGUAAGCCUAUUUAUGAGAAAAAUGAAAACUUAAUGCUCGUCCUAAUGAUUCGUAAAAAAGAGCAAGUUAAUGCUAGAAUUAAGUGUAACGUAGUUGGUACUUAACGGUUCAACUCACCCACCGCUGUCGUUUAGCGAUAAGUGUGAAGGCUUACAAGGCUAUAAUUCUGGUUUGAACCCUGCUGUGGGCACAGCACACAGACCAUUGCGCUCAGCAACAAAUAAACAAAUUGGUACCAAAGGUGUAAGUUAACAGAAGUACAGUUAGAGUGAAGUUGAACAAUAUAAUCGAAGAUUACAAUUUGGACGCAACUUAUGGUGUCUGUAUACGAGAUUUUUUGUUUUCAUAAUAUGGCGGUUUUUAUAUUGGAGACACUAGAAAUGUCAUUAACCGGCCGUGUCAAGAAAAACUAGUAGUUGUCUUAAAAAUAUUGGCAAGAAUUUCUAAUUUUCCAGGAGCUUAAGGUUGAAUGACAUACUUUUGUUUCGAUAAAGAAUAUAUUUCAAUGUUCUGCUCCUUACAAUCAGUACAAACAUACUUCUGAUUGUUUGUGUGUAUAUUUUGUAAAUGUAACGUAAUCUCUUUUUACAGUAGUUAAGGAUGUUUUUGGAAAUUUUUUUUUGUCUAAAUUAACUUGGAAUAUUCCAAGAUUUAUAAGCUUAUUCAACGUUACUUGAAGUGAACACUAUUAGGUGUAUUACUUAAAAUAAGUUGUUUUUUUCUCUGUUAGAAAUAGAGGAAACAGAACAACAUUGUGUAAGUUUGGCAUUAUUUUCUAUCAUUAUUUAACUAUUGAGUGACAUAAGUGAAAAUUCUAAUAUAAGCGAUAAUAAUAUUGCAUUUUUAUUAUUGAAAAUACUUUUUAAGUGAUAUAUAUAUAGAAAGAUACGUGCACUUCCCUCAAAAAAUAGUUACCACAGUACGCUUAACAGUAGUUUAAAGUUAACUGAUAUAUCCUGGUUAGAUUCUAGUUUUGUAGAAUAUACUUUAAAUAUUGAAUAAAGAGUACUGGGAAAUAAGAGAACCAACUUGUCUAGCAGUUUUACAACAGAUGGAUUAGAGUCAUAUUUAACAACUCAUUAUUUACUAGCGCCAGUAAGUUUGUAUUUUAUUAGACUAUGAAAAGGACUUAAAUUAUUGGUACCCAUUGCUUGUGCACAUGUCAGAAUCAAUUUAGUGUAUCACAAAUGAAGCACCUGUUUGUGUCAAGAAACGUCUCGAUAAAUAUCACUGCUAGUGUAUGACCUUCAAAUGAUAUAUACAUCUCGAAUUAGGUGCCAGUUUAUUUCACUGUAAAGUGGUGAUUUUUAAGACGUCAUUUUUCUCUCUUUUUCUUUUUUCUUUUUUUUUCAUAUCAGAAUAUGAUCUUAAUGUUUUUAAAAGUGGUAACGUUGCAUGCCGCGCCAUCUGUAGAAUAUUGUGAAUACAACAAGAUAGUACAAGUUUUUGUUUGAAAUAAAUCUAAACGAAUACUCCAGAAAACCAUUUGGGAGUUUGUUAAAGAUUUUUAGAUUCAUAAAAAUGAUCGUUCCUUUAUUAUUAUUUUUUUAAAUAACUUUUUUUUUCCAGUUUACUUUCAGAUAUUGACACAGAAUUCCGAAAGGGUGCAAUGGGUUUCGGUUAAUAACUCGCAUUAUUUCAAUAGGCACCUGGACUUCUGUUGCCACAUGUAACCUGUUAAUUUCCAGAGUUUAUUUACAUGAUUGGCUUACUUUUUAACGUCAUUUUUUAUGUAUGGCGGUAUGCAAAAGAAAGGAAACAAACUGAAGACAUCUUAUAUUUUGAUUUGUUUUCAAACUUCCCCUGCUUCUCGUUUAUAGUUAAAACAUAAUUUUUUAACAUAAUGUUGGAUGUACUCGAGUAGUUAAUAAUAUAUGUCAACAGGUAACGUCAUAAGAUAACGUGGAAAAAAACGUUGUUUGUUUAUGAGCUCUUAUGUAUAUUUAAUGUUUUAGAAUUAAACUUAAAAAGUAAAUGUUAUGUAAAGUAGUAGGUAAGUAUACCUGUUACUGUGGAAAUGUUCACGUGUUUCUCUUCCUCUUCUUAUAGUAAAAAAAUUGAACUUAAACGUUUGUGGUUGACGGUGGUUAAAAUAAAUUUAGAUAGCUUUAAGUAUCUGUGUUAUAUAUAUUUGUCCAUUUUUUGUUAGUUCAUUGCCUUUGGGAAAACUCGGCGUACCCCUCGCAUUAAAAAAAAGCUAUUUGUAUAUGUGCCGUUUUGUUGAAAUUAACGAACAUGGAUGGAAAAAACUUUAAAAAAAUGCAUGUCUGGGUCACGUAAAUUUGGUGGACAAUGGAAAAAAAAUAAACAAAAUAAAAUUAUAGUUUACAGACCAA